AUGGCUCAGAAUACAUCCCAUCAUGGUGUGGAAUAUUCCAGUUCUACCGCCGAUUCCUCUUACACGACAUCCGCCACGACCUACACCACUUUCAACGAGCGCUCUCCGUUAUUUAGUUACCCGGAGUGUGUUCCUAAAACCCAAGAUGUUUGCGAAGAUGACGAAGAUGAAGAGCGCAAGCGCGACAAUAAUAAAAUCCCCGAUGGAGGGCUUGUGGCUUGGACUCAGGUUCUGACCGGACACCUGGUUGUCUUCAAUGAAUACUACGUCAAAGCCCUAGAUGCUAGCCCAGCCAAUGCAUCCUGGAUUGGAGCGAUGCAGAUGUUCCUCGUCCACUUCCUGGCGACUUUUUCGGGCCGAGCAAUGGACACAGGAUAUUUGCGCCAUUGUAUCGCUCUUGGAUGUCUCUUUCAAAUCGCCGGUGCGCUUGCAACCUCAUUCGGGACUCAACUAUGGCACUUUUGGCUGGCCCAAGGCGUUCUCAGUGGAAUUGGUCAUGGCCUCGUCUUCAGCCCUAUGAUUUCGCUGUAUGCAACCUAUUUCUCCACCAAACGAGUGAUGGCUGUGUCGCUGGCUUCUUGCGGUGCAGCGACUGGCGGAAUGGUUUUCCCCGUGAUUGCCUACAAGUGUUUCGACACUAUUGGAUUUGCUUGGACGGUCCGAAUAAUGGCGGCUAUCAUACUCGCCAACAGCCUUGUCAUUGUCAAGUUCACCCGGUCAAGGAUUGUGCCCAGGAGUAUGCCUCCCUGGGUUGAUUUCAGUGCAUUCCGCGAACGAUCCUAUCUCCUCUUCUCUAUAGGAUCGUUCCUGAUCUUUGAGGGUAUUUACUUUGCAUAUAUCUAUGUCCGCCAAUAUGCCCAGGUCCAUACUGGAUUUACCCCGAGCGAUUCACUUAUUCUUCUGAUCAUUAUGAACGGAGUGGGGGUUCCAGCCCGUAUCGCAGCUGCAUUUGUGGCAGAUCGCUGGAUAGGUGUCGUGAGAACCUGCAUUGCAGUAUCCAUCCCUUGCGGAAUUGCGGUCCUCGCUUGGAUUGCAGUUCACACCCAUUAUGGCAUGUUCGUCUGGGCCGCGAUAUAUGGACUAUUAGUCAACUGUGUACAGAGCCAAGUGCCAGCUGCCAAUGCUUACUUCGGAGCGAAAGACCCAGAAAAGUCCGGAACGCGUGUUGGGAUGAUCACCACGAUCAACAGCAUUCCGCUGCUGACAGGCCCUUACAUCGCAGGAAAGCUGAUCGAUCUGCGGGGAGGCGACUACCUGUACGCGCAACUAUUCGGUGGCCUUUGCAUUUUGAUUGGAGCAUUGUUUGUAAUGGGAUCUCACCUGUCGGAGGUCAAAACAUGUACAUGA